AUGACUAAAGAUCGGCUAAGUGCCCUUAAAGCGGCACAGUCAGAGGAUGAGCAAGAUGACGACAUGCAAGUGGAAACGGGCAAUGCCCAAUAUAUGGAGGAGUUCUUUGAGCAGGUCGAAGAAAUUCGUGGAAGUGUCGAUUUGAUUGCCAACAAUGUGGAAGAGGUCAAGAAAAAACACUCAGCAAUUCUUUCCAACCCCGUCAAUGAUCCCAAAACCAAAGAAGAGCUCGAUGAGCUUAUGGCCAGCAUUAAGCGAACGGCGAAUAAGGUCCGCGGUAAGCUGAAGCUCAUCGAGAAUGCCAUCGAGCAUGACGAACAGUCGGCUGGAGCCGGUAAUGCGGAUCUGCGUAUACGCAAAACGCAACACAGCACGUUGUCACGACGUUUUGUCGAGGUGAUGACGGACUACAAUAAGACCCAAACUGACUACCGUGAACGCUGUAAAGGUCGCAUUCAACGGCAGCUCGAUAUCGGUAUGUUGAUUUGGCCAGGUCCUACGUUUCCGCUUACUUUGUGGAGCUACCGUAACGUGAUGAUACGGUAUUUAGCCGGAAAGCAAGUAGGUGACGAGGAUCUAGAGGAAAUGAUCGAAAGCGGGAAUCCAGGAGUGUUUACGCAGGGCAUCAUUACGGAUACACAACAAGCCAAACAAACUCUGGCUGACAUAGAAGCACGACAUAAUGAUAUUAUGAAAUUAGAAAGCAGUAUUCGUGAAUUACAUGAUAUGUUUAUGGAUAUGGCAAUGCUUGUCGAAAGUCAGGUCAGUACUAAUUCACCUAAUGAUGGCCCUUUAAGAGGUCACGUGCGCAGUUUCUAUAAUGAUAGCUUGAUGAUCGUGCCGUUGGGACGGAUAUUAAUCCUCUUUUCUGUUACUGCCGCCUAA